GUGUUGCGCUAUUUACCAAUCACAGAAGAGAUUUUAGUCACGUGGUAUUUUAAAUCUCAAGGAGGUGAAAACAAAUGUGGAAUAACUUCAGGCUUUCAUGACUCCAAGCACUGGCCUGAGAUUGAUGUUGCACCUGUGUCUUGCUUAACAACAACUCACUUUGAUGUGUCUUACCUUGAGCCAAAGUUCAAACAAUCAUGGACACUACUACAAACUUACAGGAAGGUUCCAGUAAUUGCCCAGUGGCAUUGCUAGUUGACCUCUCAUCUGCAACCGAAAGCCCAGAAAGCCCAGAAAAAACAGAAGGAAAGAAGGCCAGUACAACAGAAAGUGAAAACAGUUUUCAAUCGGAAAGUCAGAAAAAUACACAAGCAGAAGCUUUACAACUGAUGAAUAUAGAAAAUUGUGAAAACAUUGAGUCAAGUCGGAGCAGUGAAAAAGAAGGCCCACAAAAGAUGCAGAUGGAAGAUCUAUUGAAAGAGGACAUUAAGCUCCUUGACCAUGAAGAAUUUGAUUUUGACCUGCCAGUGUCUCCUUCUACCAGUCCUGAGAAAGAGCAGGUUGAGGAAAUGGAUGAUGAAGAUGAAGUUUUCUUUGGUCCUGUUGGCUUCAAGGAGACCAUAGUGUCUGUCACGGUGACUAGCUCUGAAAGUGCAGCUAUCAAACCUCUCAGCCCUCUACGCCCAGACCAAAUGGUGGCACUGUUCAAGGAGGCAAACACAGUGGCCUGUGCCAUCGAUAUGCACAGCAAGAAGGAACAGAAAAAGGCUGGAAACAAAGCCUCUCCAGCUACAACAAAGACACCGUCCCUGAUAGAUCAGUUAGACUCGGUAUUGAAAGUUAGACAAAGUGAGGCCGUGAAAAGCCCGGGCAGUCCUCUUCGGAGGCAGGGCACAUUCACUGUCAACAGCAGCCCUUUGCAUAUGCUGCCUCAGAGCAAAAGGGAAAAUUUGCCUGUGAUAGACAAGAAUGGUAUGGAGAUAAAAGAAGCGACAGGGGGCAGCACCACACAGUUACAGGAUGGAGUUGCAGCCAGAGCUCUCAGAGCUAGGGAAAAAUUGAACCAGAGUCUGACAACAAGAGAGACUACAGCAGUAAAUGGAGAUGGCAUAGCAGCCACAUCAAAUGGUGCAGCAACAGAGUGUUCUGAUGGUGUAAUAGGUAGCAGGCUGACAAAGAGAAAAUUACCACAGAUGAAGUCCAAAUUACAAAAACCUACCCCAACGUACUCCCAGCGUGAGAGACACGACAGCGAUUCCUCUGCCUCCAGCGUUUGCUCCAACAUUUCCAACUGUUCCAACUCAUCCCAACGCUCUGGCCUGAAAGCUCCAACCAUCAAGACCAAGUUGGCCCUGUUAAAACCUGGAGAGAUCCAGAAAAAGAGUCUUAGUAUGAACAAGAGUUGUUCCAAGCCUGGGAUGUCCCAGUCAGGGCCUAUGAAGGCCACCAAGGCAGUCAGUGGGAUUAAGAAGAACAGUCCUGCAGACAACACUAGGAGUAGUCUGGUAUCUAACAGUAGCAGGCUGAACAGAUCGGUUGUCUCCACACCAGGCAGUGCAUCAGCAGCAAACUCUGCUAAAUCCAUUUUGGGAAGACAAUCUGGCCUAAAUCAGCCCCGAAGUAGCAGUGCAGGCAGUUUUCACAGCACGCCUGUCAAGCCAGAAAAGCAGUUCUUGCCAAAAAGACUCGCUGCUCAACAAGCAAAGGAUUCACCAGCCACGCCCCCCAGAACAAGUUCGUCCAACAGCUCCAUCCUGUCCAGUACUCCAUCUUCUGUCCGCAACAACAGAAGGUCAAUGUUGCCUACUCCAUCUAAAAGGUUGGCAAGCUCCAGAAUGAGUUCAGCAGGCUCCUCCAUGUUACAGAGCCCACAAUCUGGCAGGAGUGGCAGCAGUUCCUCAGUGUUUUCCUCCAGAUCUGUUAGUUCCAGCUGUACUUCACCUAGAGCUGAUGAAAACCAGCCCCCAGCAAAGAGACGGUCUCUGCUGCAGACACCCAGUUUUGGGCAGUCAGUUUUUGAUUCACCACAAGGUUUUCAGCCAAGAAAAUCUUUGGUUCAGCAUACCCCACUACAUGGUGCUAAAAGCAAUGUAAAACCCCCAUCUAGGUGGUCUCCCAUAAGGAAAAGGAAAGCUCUGAGUUUGGAAGAUGAGGCUAUUCAAUGUACAAAGAGGACCAAGUAAACUUAAUAGUCAAAAGAAUAUCAAAAUUUUAAUUAUUAAAAUACCUUAAUAUGUCCUGAGCCAAAAAGAUUAUAAACGUAUAAUUUUCAAUCUGUAUGAAUACCAGGCAAGAUUCUCAAACUUGGGGAUGGUUGCCAAGAGAAGUUACUUAACUGUAAACAGAAUAGUAAGUCCACAGUAACAAAGAACAUGACAUAUGCUUAACUCUUCAGCAUCAAGAAGAAUAAUAGGAUAUCUAAAGUGUCAGCUGGUGAAUGUAUGAAACUGGAGAACUGUGUAAAUUGAAAUAUCACUGUAUUGUGUAUAAUCAUUUAAUAAUUUGAAAAUAUUAAGUGGGCAACUUAAGAUAUAAGAGCAUUGAGGAUUCAUCCUGUUAAAAUGCCAACAUGCAUUUUUAUGGGAUUUACUUUAAGUUCAUGAAGGACAUUUGUGAUUCUUUAAUUACACAAUAACAUGUAUAAUAUUUAAAUAGUUGUUUUUAAGCAUUACUGUAUAAUGGUUAUUGCAUUUGUUUUGUUUGAUGAUCCCCUGGAAAAUUAAAAAUGAGCUUACUAAGUCAAUAUGUAUAAACUCUACUGAAAACACUGGAUAAAAUCUCCAUAAUCAUGUACGAUAUUCUGUUAUUAUGAUUACAGCAUUUACUUUAUAGAUUCUGUACUGUUAAAAAAAUGUGCAUAAGCUGAAAAUAAACAACAGAAUUUGUGAUCGCAUAA